AGAGGAGGAGGAGGAGGGCCUACAGCUAUUGUUCAUGUCCUCCCGUGAACAAAGGGCUCAUCGGGGUCCGUAUGUAAACCCACAGCAGGCUUCAGCCCACUAACAAGGCCUCAUGCGGGACAAAACGUAAACCAUCGUCUCCCGCAAAUUCCGGCCUUAUUUCUGCUGCGGUGUCGAAGAUUUCUUUAUUGAUCCACUUGGAAAGGACGUAUUGUGUGGGUACGUCGCGUCCGGUGGGCCUAUCCGUUUUUACGCACGGAGCGUACACGGUCUCCCAUCACGGAUCUGUAAACACCGAUUCUCUGAUUGGACUUCUCUGCAGGCUGUUCCUCCAAAUCUUUCAAGCUGUACUCCCCCAAGGAGCCCCCCAACGGUAGCACUUUUCCCCCUUUCCAUCCCGGCACCAUGCUGGACAGAGACGUGGGUCCUACUCCAAUGUACCCACCCUCAUAUCUGGAUCAAGGAAUAGGGAGGCACACACCAUAUGGAAACCAGACAGACUACAGAAUUUUUGAGCUCAAUAAACGGCUACAGAGCUGGACGGAGGAGUGUGACAACAUCUGGUGGGACGCGUUUACUACAGAGUUCUUUGAAGACGAUGCUAUGUUGACCAUUACUUUUUGUCUGGAAGAUGGACCCAAACGUUACACAAUUGGCCGAACGCUAAUUCCGAGGUACUUUCGGAGUAUAUUUGAGGGCGGUGCCACAGAGCUUUACUAUGUCCUGAAACAUCCCAAGGAGUCUUUUCACAAUAAUUUUGUCUCCCUCGACUGUGAUCAAUGCACCAUGGUCACCCAAAAUGGAAAGCCCAUGUUCACACAGGUGUGUGUAGAAGGACGCUUGUACUUGGAGUUCAUGUUUGAUGACAUGAUGCGGAUAAAGACGUGGCACUUCAGCAUCAGACAACACCGUGAGCUCAUCCCGCGCAGUAUACUGGCCAUGCACGCCCAAGACCCACAGAUGCUCGACCAGCUGUCCAAAAACAUAACAAGAUGUGGCCUGUCAAACUCCACCCUCAACUACCUCCGACUGUGUGUUAUUCUGGAACCCAUGCAGGAGCUGAUGUCCAGACACAAGACAUACAGCCUCAGCCCCAGAGACUGCCUCAAGACUUGCCUCUUCCAGAAAUGGCAGAGGAUGGUGGCGCCGCCUGCUGAGCCUUCAAGACAGGCCCCCAACAAAAGGCGGAAGAGGAAGCCGUCAGGUGGCAGCACCAUCAGUGGUGGAGGAGGAGCUAACAAUACCAGCAACAGCAAAAAGAAGAGCCCUGGUAGUGGCUUCCCUCUGUCCAGCCAAGUUCCAGAUGUGAUGGUGGUGGGAGAGCCCACUCUGAUGGGCGGGGAGUUUGGCGACGAGGACGAGCGUCUGAUCACACGGCUGGAGAAUACUCAGUUCGACGCGGCCAACGGCAUCGACGACGAGGACAGCUUCAACAACUCUCCGGCUCUGGGCUCCAACUCGCCCUGGAACAACAAGGCCCCCUCCAGCCAAGAGAGCAAGAGCGACAACCCCACCUCACAGGCAUCACAGUAGACCGCAGAGCCCCAAAACCUCUACACAACCUCGACCCCGCUGUCACCCCUCUGCUCCUCCCACCCUACCUCUAUAGCCAUGACUGCAGCCCAAUCAGUCCAUAUUCUGAUCUCCAAGCCCAACAGAUUCACUCACAGAUAGGAGCUCAGUUCAACUGAGCAGAGCAUUAUUUUUUCCAGUGCUGCUGCUUCCCAACGUGUAGGCGCCGUCUCAGACUACUGUUUCAGUUUUCUUCAACUCGUAUACAAACGCCCCAUCAGCUGUUGCUAAUAUUUAAAAAAAAUUAGGACUGCGAACGGGUUGACGUGACUGAAAAGCAGCAGGAUUUUCUUCCACAGCAGAACUGAGUACACUAACCUAUCAUAACCGAAAGGGAGGCCAUGCGGAACAUGUGGGGGGGUUAAGGUGGUGGUGAGCUGCUUAGGGAUUACGUGGUCCACUCGUCGUGGAAAAAUGGCUCUAGAUUGUGGUCCGCUCUGCUGACGCACGAGUCAUGAUGUCUGAAUAGAAUAUAUGUGUGCAUGCGAGUGUGUGUGUGUGUGUGUGUGUGUGAGAUUUGCGAGGAGAGGAACGUGUGAGCUCGAAUGUGGCUUUGCUGGAGCAGACGGAUCAGAAUUUAGCGUCAGUCUGUAAAACCAUUGAAAUUAACACACUAGUACGAAGGCUGUUAUGCGGCACUAGGGCAAUAACACACACGCGGACACAAAUACACACAAAUGAACGCCACGAUUGAAGGAUUUUGAGUGCCCUAGUGCCCAUUAGACUACAGUGAAUGCAGUCUUUCAAAUGGAAAGCAUUUACAACACACGCACACACACAAGUUACAUUUUAAGAGUUUUUAUACAGUAUAUAUAUUUCCCUAGAAUGUUUUUUAAUUUGUAUUAAAACGCCUUCAUUUCAAUUGUUUUUUUAUUUUCUACCAAUACUAAAAAGCUACAGACCAAGGAGCAACGCAGGACUUCUAUUCCCCCCUCGCUUUCUAAAAUAUAUUGUUUUUAUCUUUUGUGUUUAUAAAAGAAGAAUAAUUUAGUGUGGCUGUUUUUAUUUGGUCUUUUUGUUUGUUUCCUUGAUUUUAUUUUAUUUUUUUGGAGAAUUUUUGUGUAUUUGUGCUUGUAUAUUUAAGGUAGUAGCAAAGUUCUGUCUGACUGUAAUAAAAUGUAUUCUUAGAUUUACCUAAAGCCAUUCUGAUCUAAUGUAAAGAAACAAAAAUAGGAAAAAGGAGAAAAAACACUCAUGAACCCGUCCCCUUCUCCCUCCCUCCUGCUGUCUUUCCCUCUUUUUUUAAAAACUUGUGUAAAUUAAAUAAAAUUAAAAAAAAUCCCCUGGAGGUACAAUUACACCAUGGCGAUAUGAUUUUAACUUUUUAAUUUAUUUGUAGAAAUUUCAGGAAUUCACAAACACUUUUCACCUUUUGCAGAAAGUAAUUUUUCACUUAAGAUCACCGUUGAUGAAUUUGAGUUUCUCUGUAACCUUCAUGCUUCACUGCCUUCGUUCGUUUUGUUGGUUUUACGUCAAUGAUUUUUAACCACACGAUCUUGUUCAUAACCAUCUCAGUCUCGCACCAGCUUCACGUUCUGUUCAGUCUGCAAAUUUGGUUGCAGUGUUGAGUCUGAAAAAGUCUACUAGAAAACUGCUGAAGUUCUUUUACUGGUUUGUACAUUUCUAAUUGGUUGGAGUCGAUUCCGACAACAUUUAUGAUUGAGUUUGAAUGGUGACUUGUACCUUCUCCGAACCCUGUAGAGAAAUCAUUGUUUGAUAUAUAUAUUUUUUUGAUUUGGUUAGUUUUUGCCCUUAAUAAUUAAUGUAUG